AUGUUCGUCAAAUCCGAGACCUUGGAGUUGAAGGAGGAGGAGGACGUGCUGGUGCUGCUCGGCUCGGCUUCCCCAGCCUCAGCGUCCCUGACCCCGCUGUCGUCCAGCGCUGAGGAGGAGGAGGAGGAGCUGGGCGCAUCGGGAGGGGCGCGUCUGCAGCGUGGGGCGGAGGCCGUGCAGGGGGCGCGGGGCAAUUCAGCGGCGGGUGCCGAGGGCUGCAGGCCCGCACGGCUGCUGGGUUUGGUACACGAGUGCAAGCGGCGCCCCUCCCGAGCGCGGGCAGUCUCCCGCGGCGCCAAAACUGCUGAGACUGUGCAGCGAAUCAAGAAGACCCGCAGACUGAAGGCCAACAACCGUGAGCGCAACCGCAUGCACAACCUCAACGCGGCGCUGGACGCGUUGCGCGAGGUGCUCCCCACGUUCCCCGAGGACGCCAAGCUCACCAAGAUCGAGACGCUGCGCUUCGCUCACAACUAUAUCUGGGCGCUCACCGAGACCCUACGUCUGGCGGACCACUGCGGGGGAGGGGGCGGGGGCCUGCCGGGGGCGCUCUUCUCCGAGGCGGUGCUGCUGAGUCCGGGAGGCGCUAGCGCCGCGCUGAGCAGCAGCGGAGACAGCCCAUCGCCCGCCUCCACGUGGAGUUGCACCAACAGCCCCGCGCCGUCCUCCUCUUCGUCCUCCAACUCCACCUCUCCUUACAGCUGCACUUUAUCUCCCGCCAGCCCCACAGGGUCAGACAUGGACUACUGGCAGCCCCCACCUCCCGACAAGCACCGCUAUGCACCUCACCUCCCCAUAGCCAGGGAUUGUAUGUAG